UAAAGCGUGGCUGCGGCUCCUCCCCCUCGACCCGAAAGUCCUCCGCUGCUGCUAACUGAACUGCGGAACCACAGCAGAGACUCAGUCCGCUGCUCGUCGAUUUUCAGAUGGAAGUUGAUGUGUAGUGGUUUCCCCGAAGGCCUCCAUGUCGAGCAGGAGCUUAUGGACUGCAGCUAAGAUAGCUAACGAGCGCAAACACAAGUUGUUAGUUAAUGUAAUACUAGCUAGUUGCGUCAUUUGAUAGCCACCGCUAACUUAGUUAGCUAGUCUCAGUGGUAUACGACGUCAGUUUCAAAACAAAGCACGCAAAACGGAGAAAAUCAGAUCCAGCUGUCACCUCCAGAGUAGGUGGUGGCCAGACAAGCUAACUCGGUUGAAGUCUGUCAGUGACCUAAGGUAUAUUACGCCACCUAGACGCUGUUUUGUACUCUCCAUUAAUGGCCAAUUAACGUUAUUUUGCAGACCUUAAGUUGAAGAACGUUUCUGCAACCGUAUUUUAACUAAACGAAUCCAGCAACUAGCGUCGAGCUACGUGGUUGCACUGAUACGAUCAGAUUCAACUUUUCUUGUAAACUUGGAGUUAAAUGUCCGAGAAGAGUUCAUCGUCCAGUUCGGAUGAGGAUGUGGACCCGGAAUCCGGGCAGCCCCUGGAGCUUGGAGGCGUCCUAAGCAAGUGGACAAAUUACAUACACGGGUGGCAGGACCGAUGGGUUGUGUUGAAAAACAAUACUUUGAGUUACUACAAGUCGGAGGAUGAACGGGAGUACGGCUGCAGGGGCUCUUUGUGCCUCAGCAAGGCAGUCAUCACACCUCAUGAGUUUGACGAGUGUCGUUUUGAUGUCAGCGUGAACGACAGCGUUUGGUACCUCAGAGCCGAAGAUCCCGAGCACAGACUCCAGUGGAUUGAGUCGAUAGAACUACAUAAGGCUGAGUCCGGUUACGGUUCAGAGACGAGUCUGAGGCGUCAUGGUUCCAUGUUGUCUCUCACCUCAGCAGCUAGUGCCUUGUCUUCCACAUCUACAUCCUCCUUCAAGAAGGGGCACAGGUUGCGUGAGAAACUUGCAGAAAUGGAAACUUUCCGAGACAUCCUGUGCAGACAAGUGGACACCCUGCAGAAGUACUUUGAUUCCUGUGCCGAUGCCGUUUCCAAAGAUGAAUUUCAGAGGGACAGAGUAGAGGAUGAUGACGAUGACUUUCCCACUUCUGCGAGACCUGACAGCGAAUAUAAUCACAACAAUAAUGGCAGCAAAGAGAAAUUGUUUUCUCCUGCCAGUCCUAAAGGUAUUAAUGGGAUAGACUUUAAGGGUGAAGCCAUCACUUUCAAAGCCACCACAGCAGGCAUCCUCUCCACUUUGUCCCACUGCAUCGAGCUGAUGGUGAAACGAGAAGACAGCUGGCAGAAAAGACUGGACAAGGAGCUGGAAAAGAGGAGGAAAGUAGAAGAUGCCUACAAGUCUGCUGUGAAUGAACUAAAGAAAAAGUCACACUAUGGAGGCCCAGACUACGAGGAGGGGCCCAACAGUCUGAUCAAUGAAGAGGAGUUCUUUGAUGCAGUGGAAGCUGCACUGGACAGACAAGACAAGAUAGAGGAGCAGUGCCAGUCAGAGAAGGUCAGAAAACCUCGACUAACUCUGGCUUCCCCUAGUGAUGCCUACUCCACCAUCGGUACACACAGAUUUGCCAACAAGCCCUAUAGCCACUCUUCUUCCUUGUCCUCGAUCGAGCUAAUCAGUGCUUCAGAUGACAUUCACAGAUUCAGCCCUCAGGUGGAGGAAACUGUGCAGAAUCACAUGGCUUACUCCAUCCAGGAGGUGGGGGGCGAUGCCAACUGGCAACUGGUGGUAGAAGAAGGAGAGAUGAAGGUAUACAGGAGGGAAGUGGAGGAGAACGGCAUCGUCCUGGAUCCCCUCAAAGCAACACAUGCUGUGAAGGGGGUAACUGGACAUGAGGUCUGCCACUACUUCUGGGACACUGCAGUCCGAUUGGACUGGGAGACCACCAUUGAAAAUUUCCACGUUGUGGAAAAGCUCUCUGAUAAUGCCAUCAUUGUGUACCAGACACACAAGAGAGUGUGGCCUGCCUCUCAGAGAGAUGUGCUGUAUCUGUCAGCCAUCAGGAUGAUUCCACCAAGAAAUGAAAACGACCCCGACACAUGGCUGGUCUGCAACUUCUCUGUGGACCACGAUGACGCCCUUCCCACAAACCGGUGUGUUCGUGCCAAAAUCAAUGUUGCCAUGAUCUGCCAAACGCUGGUCAGCCCACCAGAGGGUGACAAAGAAAUAAGCAGAGACAACAUCAUGUGUAAGAUCAACUAUAUUGCCAAUGUAAACCCUGGAGGCUGGGCUCCAGCAUCAGUACUCAGAGCCGUGGCCAAGAGAGAAUAUCCCAAGUUCCUCAAACGCUUCACCUCCUACGUCCAGGAGAAAACUGCUGGGAAGCCUAUCCUUUUCUAAAUUUAAACAGCUUUCAGAGGUGCCAAGUUCACCUGCUGGGGAGACUGCGUUGUUGAAGUGACUGUUGAAGAUCACAUGACCAUUCACGUGUCACCGCACCAUCAGGACGUGCUGCUUGAAGAUGAGACUGCUUUUGGCCCUAAUGGAUCAGUAGUUAUCAUCUUAGAUUGUAACCUGUUGGUCAUGGGUUCGUUUGUACGUAAGCUGAAACAUUUCCUAAACAGUCUUCAAAUUGUUACCGAUAAUUUGCUUUUUGUUUUUUAUUUGUUUUUUGUUUGUUUGUUUGUUUGUUUGUUUUUUGUAAAUUGUUUUGUACAUUUGCUAUGAUUAAACUUUUCUUGAACUUUUGGGGGGUUUGCUCUAAUCACUAGUAUUACAGCUACUUGUUUUGCUGCUGCUAAAGUAACUACCAUGAAAGAGGAAAGAGAACAGAUACUUACAGUGAAAGCACAGAUGAGGUGUGGUACACUAUUUCCUCUUUCUUGCCUUUUGCUGAUCCUCUUGUGACGACUCUUUGUAGUUUGAUGGGGGGUCAGAGCCUAAAGCUUUGAAGUCUUUACAUUUCUAGAUUGUUAUAAAGUAGCUUUCAGAGAACACCGUGGACACAAUGUAUUGUACAGAUAAAACAGUAAGAUUUCAAAUAGAUUAUCAAUUGUGAGAAAUGUGAAUUGACUCUUAAAUGCUUGAAUUUGAUGACAGAAAUGGGCAGAUUAGAUACAACAAGAGUGAUGAGGAGCACUUACUAAGUCUAAUUGACUUGUGUUGGACAAUAUUUUCAACUAUCCAGAUGAUGUCGUUAGUUAGAUGCUAAGUUGCGGUAUUUGCAUGUAUUUGUCAGUCAGCAUGCUGUUGCUGACAGAUAUUUGCAAAGGACCGGCCCUAGUGUCUGGUUUGAAGAUUCCUCUCUUUCUUUGAGAGCUGAAUGAAUACAUUUUGUACCCUCUAGGUUUUCUCAUCUCUAUUUUCAGACCCUGGUGAGGCAGGGAAAAGAAAAUCUUUCUGUUCACUCAAGAGUGUCAGAUUUAUAAAUUACUCCUGCUGCUUUUAAGCGGAAUUGUUAUUAAAUGUUAACUUGGAUUAUCAUUUUAUAAUGUGUUCCUUAUGUUCUCAGUCAGAUGCUGAUUUUACAUUUCAGAUGCCACACUACCGUGCAGUGGUUUCCUGCACUUUGACUGAUAAACUACCCCCAGUAUGCCUUAGAUGCCAGGAUUUCUGGCUUUCUUUACUGUUCAGCCACCAGACGUGCAUUUAUCAACACUGAAAUCAAACUGGAUGGGGUUGGGAGGGGGAGGGUCAGCAUUUCACAUCAUCUUACCUCAAGGUUUCAAUUUAGACUGUGUUCAAUGCCAUCAAUAGUUGGGAGUUUAGCAUUCAGUAGAUCUGCAUGGUUUGAAAAAAGAGAUUUGAGGUUAGGAGGGAUCUGGAUAAUUGUUUUGCCGAUAAUGAUAAGACCUAAAUCUAUGAGCGGUGUCAGCUGAAGAAUGCAUUUAGUCUUUUUAAUUUUGAUAUUUUUGUCAGUAAUCUACACACUUUGUAUAUUUCUAAGUUGUACAUCAGAAGUGUUAUUUGCACUAAAUGUAUUGCAAUUUGACAAUGUUCUGUAAAUUAAAAUUAAUAUACAAAAAA